CAUUCGGAGGCGACCUUCAACUACGAGGUGCUUCAUCCUUGCCUCGAAGUCAUUGUUAACCUUCUCUCCCCUUCCACGCAAUUUGAAUCCUAUUACGUACGCGGUAAAGAACCUCUCAGCGCAAUAAUCGAACAGCUGGAAUUAAAAGGCUCAAAAGUCGACCGCAGGAAAGUACACAAUGCUGAUGGCAUAAUUCGGCUACGCGGUUUUUAUGACAUUGAGGUUCUCUUGUUGGAGACGUCCGGUCACUUCCGAAACAAGGACACGAGGAAAAUCUGCUUCGACAACAACAAAGGUAUGUUCGCUCUCCUCGCCAUGCUCAAAAGUACUGCCGAUCACUUUAAUCGUGCUAUACCUGAGACUCUCCGAAAUCUGAAAGCCUUUCUUUAUGAGCACAUUCGUUGCUGGUCAGCUCAGUAUAUCAGCAAUGGCAUCUAUCAGUUUGCUUUGGAGGACAAAGUUGAAGUAACAGAAGACAGACAGCGAAUCCAACAAUCAUCAGUCUCACUGUUAGACUUUUUUUUUAAUGUGAAGACUUUUGCUGUGUUACAAAAACUUGAACGUGAGAAUGAGGAAAACAACGUGGUUAGUAGCCAGGAAGUUUUACUUUCUGACAUUAUUUGUUCCGAGGUUCUCCGUUUGACUUACAUUACUCAUGGAGAGGGGUUUGGAACGCAAAAACUUGAAUAA